AUGCCCAUCACAUGGGAUACACAAGCUGAUGCCAAGCUUCUUGCUGGCAUCGUGGCAACCUCAAGCCCUGCCAUCAACUACCAGGCCGUUGCAGACUAUAUCGGAGAUGGCUGUACUAUCAGCGCCUUGAAGCACCGCAUUCAGCGCAUCAAGGAAAGAGCGGGUAUCACCGGCAACCCCCGAUCGGCCUCUGGCUCUGGAGCCUCCAAAACCUCUCCUGUGGCCUCCAAGGUCAAGCAUACCACCACUUCGAAAGUCACCAAGACCCGCAAGACCAAACCUCGCUCGGCCAAGAUCUCCGAUGACAAUGCUGAUCAGAAGACCGGUCCCGAGAAUGAAGAAGAGCACCUCCAUCAGGAAGAGGAAACAAUUCAAGAGGAAGAAGGUGUUAUCGAUGGACUUGAACGCACAUAG